AUGCCCCCAGGCAUGGUGAAACCGCGAGUGAAUCUCCGUUCACGAAUAGAACGGGACGUUUACACGGUGCUAAAGCACCUGGAAACAGCAAAUGGCAGCAGCCCGUUCAAAACAGUCACUGCGGCAUACGAUGCUAUCCAACGGUCAAACUCAAGCCUGAGGAGGCAGAAGAAGAGAAUCCUAGAGGACGCAAUAGACCGUGUGCUCUUAUUCAGAAAACAGGAGGUUGACGAUGUGAGCGACUCUGACGCCGCCAUCGAGGAGGCUGAACCAGAAAAACCAGAGGACGAGAGAUUUCUGUUGAAUCGGCAAAUGACGAAACUUUGGCAUCGGGACCUGCCGGUCAACAAGUCAGACUCAGCAGAGCCUUCACCAGCAAAAAAACGUCGGACCCAGGUCGACACCGAGGACACACCGGGUCAGAUGAGUGUUGUUGAGACCAUUGUUAAUGGCAACGUAUCCGAGGGUCUUUCAACGGCACCGAAACAAGAAAAGCAGCAGACGAGGAAGACCCAAAGGGCAAGCCGGUUCACCGUCGAGCACGUCGAUGAGGAAGUACCCCUGGGUGGUCUCGCGGAAGUGUACGGCGAUCUCCUCGAGCACGGAUGUAGACUCUUGCGGUUUGCAAACUACUACGAAGAAAAUGGAUGGGAGCGAACCACGGGUAUCCUCUUAUCUGGUCCCUGCGGCAUGGGAAAGAGGUCAUUGGUGAAAAACCUGGCAUCAAUGCUCGGCGUACCGCUAGUGUCCCUCAACGGAUGCCUCGAAGACGCCGAAAGAAUGGAAAAGAGCAUGGCCGAAGCCUUUGACGCGGCAAUAGCCCAGGCCCCCAGUAUCGUCUUUGUCGGCGAAGUAGACCAGUAUAUGUCCAAGACUGGCUCGCACAACCACAACGAGCACCACUCCAAAGCGGUUCGCCUCUUCACCCAGCAGAUGCAACGAUUAAAACAUCGGCGAGGGGAAGAUGGGUACGUCCUUGCCAUGGCGACCACAUCCAGAAUCGCAGACGUCGACCAGGGGAUAUUAAGAACCGGCCUGUUCGAAGUGAUCAAAGGGCUGAAGAUUCCAGACUAUGAAGCUAGACAGAACAUCUUACAGACCGUGACCCAAAAGAAGACACUUGCAGAGGACGUCGACUUGGACGAAAUUGCCAGAGUCACACACGGCUUCGUGGCAGCCGAGCUCGUCCUUAUUACCAAGCUGGCCACUGACCUGGCCGCAAAAUGCAUCAGCGAAGACGCCGAGGACACCGACGUCCGCAUGUCGGAGAUGAAGUCGGCCAUCGUCUCCGGCGACCGCGACUUCUUUUCAACCAUGCGACCGCGUGUCAGGCCGCAAGCACCCGUGUCCAUGGCCGACUUCAAGUCCGUCAUCAAGGACUUCGUUCCCUCCCUGCGCCGGGAGGGCUUCACCGUCAUUCCCAACGUCACCUGGGACCAAGUAGGUGCUCUGGACAAGGCCCGCAAACAGCUGCACAUGUCCAUCAUCGGCCCCAUCAAACGGCCCCAGGUCUACAAGGAAUUCGGCCUCACGCAGACCGCCGGCAUCCUCCUCUGGGGCCCUCCCGGCUGCGGCAAAACGCUCGUCGCCCAGGCCAUCGCCAACGAAGCCAAGGCCAGCUUCAUCCUCAUCAACGGGCCCGAGCUCCUCAACAAGUACGUCGGAGAAUCCGAGCGCGCAGUCCGCGAGCUCUUCCAGCGGGCGCGCUCCUCGACCCCCUGCAUCCUCUUCUUCGACGAGAUGGACUCCAUUGUGCCCCCUCGGGCCAACUCCUCCACCGACUCGGGCGCGCGUGUAGUAAACGCCCUCCUCACCGAGCUCGACGGCGCGCAAGACCGCACGGGCGUCUACGUCAUCGGCACCACUAACCGUCCCGAGAUGAUUGACGAGGCCGUCCUCCGUCCGGGCCGUCUUGGCGUCCAGCUCUUCAUCGACCUCCCCACCCCUCUGGAGCGCGUCGAUAUCCUCCGAGCCAUCUACCGGACUCGCCAUGAGAACCCGUCCCCCGUGGCAAUGGAAUGUCUAUCGUCCGUUGCCCAGGACCCUCGCUGCACAAAUUUCAGCGGCGCAGAUCUGAGCGGCUUGCACGCCAAAGCCGCGGAGAGUGCGCUGGAGAGGUGGAUGCAGGAUGAGACGUCGAGCAAGGAGAUGACCGAGGCAGAUUGGGAGUUUGCGUUGAUGAACACGAGGCCGAGUGUGCGGGAUCCGGCCUCGUAUAGAGAGAGGGAUAUGGUCAUCUGA